AAUAUUUCAAUGCGCAAGAGACACACGUUCAGUUCGCACCGGAUCAGUAGGACGUUCGAAACAAGUCAAAUUUUAAAAGCGAGACUUUAUACCUUUUGUUGGAUCCCAUGCUAAUUCAGUAAAUUCAUCUCGAAAAGGCAACACAAGAAUCCGGUUGUGAAAUAAAUACCAUUUUUUUUCGAGUGAAGUUCACAGUGAAGUUUUCAAAAAACGAUUUCUGUAUAUUAAUCAGAGCAGGAAAUAUACGUCGGGAUAAGAAUCAAAAAAGUUGAGAAGAAAUAGAAAACGAAUAGAACGAUAUUAAGAUGCGGCCUUUCGGUAACGAUAUUACAAACUUUGCGUCCAAUAACAGUGGCGGCGGCAAUGGUGGUGCCAACGGUGGCAAUCGCGGCGGCAACAACGGUCGUGGAGGCAACGGAGCAAACAAUACGCCCAAUAAUGCGACCAACAACGGAACCAACACCGACGGCACAGCUGAUGGCACCUCCAGUGGCGGUGAGGAUCUUAAUGUUGGCGAUGAGAACACACCCGUGGACAGCUUGAACGACAGUUCCACCGAGCAAACAGACGAUCCCAGACUGCCAGCACACAUUGCCCGCAUAGGUGGCAUUGCAACAUUCUCUCCAAUUGCUGGGCGUGGGGUCAUCCGGGUGGUGCAUCGCUGUGACGAUGCAAAGGAUAAUAAACAUUUGGAUCUUUCCGAAUGUCAACUGAUGACAUUGCCGGACGCUGUGUACCAUUUGAUGCGUAACACAGUGUUGCAGACUUGUAAUCUGAGUGGCAAUGAUCUCAAAUCAAUCACACCCAAAUUUACGCAGAAGUUCAGCGCCAUAACAGAUCUCAACCUCUCGUCAAACAAUCUGUCGAGACUGCCCGACGAACUUGCCAAUAUGACGGGCCUGGCAAAGCUGAACAUAUCCAAAAACUCGUUUAUCGUUUUACCUCAAGUUAUCUUUAAGUUGGAGAGUCUGACACACUUGGAUGCUCAGGACAACAAGAUUUUUGAAAUUGAUACCGAUGAGGCUAUAGUGAGCAAAACGCUCGUCCUUGUUGACCUGCGAAACAAUCCGCUGGGCCGCCUGUGCCGUCGCAAGCUCCGGGAUUUGGAGACUCCGUUCCGCCUAGAGAUAAGCCAGGACGAUGAGGAUGACUGGUAGAUUCUCGCCAGUCUACACACAGCCAUGCACACACCCACGCUCUCGCGUACGCCCAAAGAACACAUCUCCCUUCAUCUCGGGAAGGAUACGGUGGCUCACUCAAUCUGAGCACCACUUCCACGUAUUUAUUCUUUUUAUAGUUGUAAAUUUAACACUCAAACAAAAAAACACACACACACA